GUCCACUGAACCUCGGUCUGCUCCAGUCUGCUGCAGCUCAGGCCCAGGACUGCAGGCUCCAGCUGGACCUGUACAUGGCUGCUCUCCCACCCAUGUGUAGGAGAAGAGCCAGAGAAGCCACCUAGAGGCCCCUGAGGAGUCCACCUGUGAGGAGCCCGAGCUGAGAAGAUGCGUGUAGCAGUGGUGACGUCACUCAGCCUCCUGGGGGCGCUGCUGGAGUUGAGCCUGGUUCCCCUGGUUCACAGUGGGGCGUACUACCCUCACAAACAGCCCCCCCAGCCCCAACCUCUACCCCAGUACAGCGAGCCUCUGCCCCAGCAGCAGUACUUAGGCAACGAGAUGCCCGUUCUGCCACCACAGUUUCCACAGCUGCCCUUCCAAAAGGGCAAGGAGCGGCCCCUCCCCCAGAGUAAAGGUCCAACCCUGCCCUUCAACCCUCGCGGAGCUAAAGGCCCACCCCCUGGGGGAGAGGGGAUUCGUGAAGGACCUCAAGGGAUUCCAGGCCCCCAAGGACCUCCAGGGCCCCAGGGCCCUCCGGGUUUGCCUGGACAAGGGCUGCCAGGCUUACCAGGAGUACCCGGAUCUCCUGGACCACAGGGAUACCCAGGGAUUGGCAAACCUGGAAUGCCAGGACUACCAGUCUGA